CUUCACUCCUGCUUCAGUCUAGUCCACGAGAAAUACCCAGGAACAGCUCACCGGCCCAGAACUGUGACUCAAGAGCGGGGCUAUGAUCACAGCCGCAGAAUAUGGAGAGACGUCGUGGGAGCUGUCCGUGCAGAUCGAUCAGAAAGAGGGCGACGAGUCCAUGAAGUUCAAGCUGAGGGUGAAGGGAGAUUUGCACAUCGGAGGCCUCAUGCUGAAGUUGGUGGAGAAAAUCAAGGCUCCUCAGGACUGGUCAGAUCACGCUCUGUGGUGGGAACAGAGGAAAUGCUGGCUGCUCAAGACCCACUGGACCCUGGACAAGUAUGGAAUUCAGUCCGACGCCGACCUGCGCUACACACCGCAGCACAAACCUCUGCUGCUGCAGCUUCCCAACAUGAAAACCAUCAAAAUGACCGUCAGCUUCUCCAGCGUGGUCUUCAAGGCGGUGUCGGAAAUCUGUCGAACGCUCAACAUCAGAAGAUCAGAGGAACUGUCCCUGCUGAAGCCUCCAGAUGAUCCGUCCAAGAAGAAGAAGAAGAAAGACAAGAACUCGCCUCAGGAUGACCUCUGGGACAUCGAUUUACUCAGCGGGGGUCCGGGAGGAACAGGUAAGCCCUUCUCGAUGCAUCGGUGGUUGGACUCGUCGCGUUCUCUCAUGGAGCAGGACAUCCAAGACGACGACAAGCUGCUGCUUCGCUUCAAGUACAACGUCUUCUUCGACCUGAAUCCUAAAUACGAUGCCGUGAGGAUAACCCAGCUGUACGAACAGGCCCGCUGGUCCAUCCUGCUGGAGGAGAUCGACUGCACCGAGGAGGAGAUGCUCAUGUUUGCUUCGUUACAGUAUCACAUUUGUAAACUGACCAUGUCGAGCGAGCCGCUGGAUCACUCCAACGAGCCGGAAAUCGACGAGGUGGAGGCCGCCCUGUCCAACCUGGAGGUGACGCUGGAAGGAGGACACACGGACAGGAUUCUGGAAGACAUCACAGACAUUCCAGAGCUGGCAGAUUCCCUCCGGCUCUUUAGGCCUAAAAGACUGACGCUGCGGCCCUACAAAGAGUACUGGUUCGUGUUCAAGGACACCACCAUCUCCUAUUACAAGAACAAGGAGGCCUCCGUCGGAGAACCGAUAGAACAGUUUCACCUCCGAGGCUGUGAAGUUGUUCCUGACGUCAACGUCACGGACAAGAAGUUCGGCAUCAAGCUGCUCCUUCCAGUCGCUGAUGGGAUGAAUGAAGUUUACAUCCGAUGUGACAAUGAAACGCAGUACGCCAAGUGGAAAGCCGCGUGCAUCCUCGCCUCCAAAGGCAAGACGAUGGCCUACAGCUCCUACAAGUCCGAGGUGAAGAACAUCCAGUCCUUCCUGCAGAUGAAGAGCCUGGCGCCCCCUCCUGGCCAGGCGGCGCCCGACCUGGAUGCCAUGGAGAUGAACGCCGAAUGUUUUGUUUCUCCGCGCUACGCCAAGAAGCACAAGACCAAACAGCUGACAGCACGUAUCCUGGAGGCACAUCAGAACAUCGCACGGCUGUCGCUAAUGGAGGCCAAGAUGCGUUUCAUCCAGGCCUGGCAGUCGCUGCCAGAGUUUGGCAUCAACUACUACAUAGUCAGAUUCAAAGGGAGCAAGAAGGAUGAGAUUCUGGGGAUUUCGUACAACCGUUUGAUUCGUAUCGACAUGUCCUCCGGCCUGCCCGUCACCACGUGGAGGUUCGCCAACAUGAAGCAGUGGAACGUCAACUGGGAGAUCAGACAGGUGACCAUCGAGUUCGACCAGAAUGUGACGAUAGCCUUCUGCUGCCUGAGCUGCGACUGCAAGGUGGUGCACGAGUUCAUCGGCGGCUACAUCUUCCUCUCCACGAGAUCGAAAGACCAGAACGAAACGCUAGACGAAGAACUGUUCCAUAAACUUACCGGAGGCCAAGAAUGAGCGCAGACGGAAAAGCCUCUGCUUCCUAUUGUGCAUUUCUUGUUUUUUUUUAAAUACAGACAGGCGACAAAUUGAAGACAGAAAAAACAUUACAUUUCUUAGAAAGUUGUCGAGCUUCACUAUGCGCCUCGACAUCGAUUUUCUGAGCCUCUACAACUCCACUAGAGACAUGAAACACAAAUUUCAUUCAAAAAAUAUUCCAAGAAAAAGAGAAAUAAAAUGUAGAUUUUAAUAGCAAGCUGCAGUUUCCAGUAUCUUGCUUAUGUUUAACUGACGCUUCUCAUCUACUAGAGUCAUAAAACAGCAUUUCUCCAAAAGAUAUUUGGUGGUUUUUCACAUACAAUGAUUUGAAUAUUAGCAAAAUGCCACCAAAUCCCUUCAUAGAGUUCAGGUUUUUGCUUUAAUUUGUCACCCGUCUGUAUACGUUUUAGUGUGAAAGUGCAGCAUUCAUCUGCUGCAGCAGUAACAACCACAAGUACUGAAAAAAAUCACUGCCAAAGUCUGAGAAAUGACACUUUUACCCCCCCAUAGGACGGUCUCAUGAGUUUUGUGUUUGUCAUUAUGUGUCCGGCUAUAAGCAGCAAUGUGUCCUGCACUAGAAAAAUAAUGGUGUUGAUGUAAAUAUGUAGCCAAGGUUUGUCUUUCCCUCAAAACUUGGAUGUUUGUAAGAAGUUUUUUUUCUAAGGUGAAGAGACGCUCUCAUUUCAAACUGAACAAAAACCAUUAAAGGGUGUUUUUUUUAUAUAUAUUUUA